CCACAGGGUGUAGGUUUUGCACUUGGCCACACGAGGACAUUGUAGACCGUCACAUCUGAAAUGCAUGUCUGAUUUAACGGAACUCCUCCCAGACUCUGAUGCAGAUGACGUUUCUUCUACGUUUGAAACAAAGGGAAGAGAAGCUUUAAACAGACCAACUCUGCCGCAAUCAUUGGGUUUUUGUGAAGGUGUUUACAGUAUUAUCGUUUUUUAAUUCUCGAAGAGAAUUGCCUCAAUUACUCUGUAUUUUCACAGAAGGAUUUUGAAUAUAUGUUUCCCAUGCAUUUAUGGCAACAUGAUUCUUCCGGGGAGGACCAGCUCUGUAUGGAUAUACUUCGUCUUUGUGCUGCUGCUUUGCUGCUGGGAAGCGGCUCUAGGACAGCUCUCUUACUCCGUAUCCGAGGAGGUAAACCAAGGGACCGUGAUCGGAAAUAUUGCCAAAGAUCUCAACCUAAAUGUUAAGGAUCUGGACACUCGUAUGUUCCAGAUCGUUGCAGGAUCGAAGAAAAAAUAUUUUGAGGUAAAUCUAAAGACUGGUGCUCUUUAUGUCAAUGAGAGAAUAGAUCGAGAGGAACUGUGCGGUGAUGAAGCAAAAUGCUCGAUAAGUGUAGAAGCAGUUCUUAAUAAUCCUCUAAAACUGCACCGUAUUGAAAUUCUAAUUCUAGACGUAAAUGAUAAUUCUCCUAGUUUUCUUAUUGAUCGUCAAAUGAUUAACAUCAGCGAAAACACGGCAGCAGGAACUAAAUUUCCGCUGCAUCCAGCCCAUGAUGCGGACAUUGGCAAAAAUACAGUACAAACCUACAGACUUAGUCAGAAUGAACACUUUUCUCUAGUAGUACAAAAAGGAGAGAGCGCAACGCCUGAACUGGUAAUUCAGAAGGUGUUAGACAGAGAAAAGCUGUCUGCGAUUCGGCUCAUAUUGACUGCUGUAGAUGGAGGAACGCCUGCAAAAUCAGGCUCCAUGGUAGUUAUCGUAAAUGUGUUGGAUAUUAAUGAUAACGCCCCUGUUUUCAGUCAAGCUCUGUACAAAGCCAGAGUGUAUGAGAACGUAAAACUCGGUACGCGAAUUAUAACAUUAAACGCUACCGACUUAGAUGCAGGAAAAAAUGGACACGUAACAUAUUCAUUCAGUGAAGUAGGUCGCGGUAAACAGACUGAGGUCUUUGAAAUUAACCAAGAUACCGGAACAGUGACAAACAAGAAGAAUAUAGACUAUGAAGAGACUAAUGCUUUUGAGAUUCGAGUUCAGGCCAGUGACGGAGCUUCCUCACCUAUGACUUCAAAUGCUAAAUUACUUAUUGAAGUAUUAGACGUGAAUGACAACGCUCCUGAAGUUACCGUCACUUCCCUAUUAAAUACAGUGAAAGAAGAUGCAUCCAUUGGCACCGCGAUUGCUCUUGUUUCUGCAUUCGAUAAAGAUAGCAGUAAAAAUGGAAUAGUGAACUGUGAAAUUUCAGACAACAUCCCUUUUAAACUAGAGUCAAACUAUAAGAAUUACUAUUCUUUAGUUGUGGAUGGACCUCUGGACAGAGAACGAGCAGCUUACUAUAAUAUUUGCAUCACAGCCACAGACGAAGGGAGCCCAGCUCUUUCAAGCUCCAGUGUCAUUAUUGUUCAUGUCUCUGAUGUAAAUGAUAACAAACCUCAUUUCACAGAAGACAUUAUAAACAUAUUCAUAAAAGAAAACAGUGCAACAGGAACAGUUAUUAAAAAAGUGUCAGCAGUGGAUGCAGACACUGAUCAAAAUGGUCAAAUUAGUUAUUCCCUUUUACACGAU